AUGCAUUCCUCCAGUACCCGUCCGUCGACGCCCACCCCACUACCGGGAGCCAGACGCACCGCUUGGUCACUAUCCUCUCAAUUAACCGCCUCGCUUCCACCCCCUCACGCAGCAAUAGCUCCCUCCGUCGCCGCUGACCAAAGCCGCUUGGAGAGCCAAUCCGACCGGAUAACCAGUACGAUUGCUGCUUCUACUCUUACCGCAGCAGCCACCGGUACCAACGGCGGCAGCAGCAACAACAGCAUCAACAAUAAUUCAUCGAUUUCAUCAUCAUCGUCAUCGUCCGCGGCGGCGGGGACAGGAACAGCUUCUGCACCCUUUACUCCAAGACGAUUAAAUUUCCCCGGACGAUUAUCUUUGCAGAUGCCUUCUCGUGGACCUUUAUCACCGGUUUUGGAUCCUGCGCUUGGUUACUCGGUCGCCAGGAGACCCAGGCUUGACUUUGCUCGGGCUUGUAUGAUUGCAUCCUUUGCCUCUUUAUUUACUUGCUCAUUUAUUCAUUGGACGGGAGUCUAUGGUUUGAUAGUAGGCUGACGACCUUCGCUCACAGGCACCUCUCUCCACCAUUCCACCCUCGCCGAGCACCCUUCCCCAGACUCCUCACCACUAAACCAUUCCUACUUCCCAAUCCCACGGAACACCAAUCACAACAAAGGCUCCGACUCGCCCAUAGCGAACCAUCAUGCUGGCGGCGGUGGCCACCAUUCCUCGUCCCAUGCAUCAUCGUUGGGCUCUACCUGCAUGCUGGACUACGCGCCUAGUGUCGGCGACAGCGGUUCCUCGUCUGACGAGGAUUUGGAUGUCGAUCUGGACUUCGAGCUCAACACGCCUACCACGCCCGCCAUGUCGAACAACGAAUCCGCCGCCUCCAUUUCCUUGAGGAAUCACCAGAAGGCGAGGCUGGGUGCUCGCGGCAGGAGUAGGCAUAGCUCGAAUUCCUCCGCUAGUGCCAGUAACAGUAGCCUAGCUAGUCCUUCACCUACCACCCCACCAGUACAGCUGGGGAGUGCCUUUACGGGGGGAUAUUUUGGGAGGCCGCAGGGUGAGGGGGCAGGCAGGAGGAAGGAGAGUCUUAGUCAGGUUUUGAGGAAUUCUUUCAAGAUUGGGAAGCAGGGCGGUGGGGCCGGGAGUGCUGGGCUGUUUGGCGGGACUGCGAGCGAGGAAGAGAAGGAUAGACCGGAUCCCAUCAGGAGGCCAGUGUCUAGACGUGGGUCUUUGCUGGUGUGUAUAUGGGUCCUUAGCUCGAGGAUGGGGGGGAGGUUACUGAUGAGUUUGUGCGGAAUUUAGCCCAAGACAAAGAAUUUCCAACGUAUCAAAGCUGCACUCAUUGAAGAGGCUUCACCGCUCGAUAUGGAAGUCAAGAGGGAAGCUGAAAUAACUCGCCAAAUCCGUGAUGAAGAAGACAAUUCGCCUCCCCCAGGCCCAGCAAACGCUCAAGACGCAGAGUUAUCCGACAUCCGUGAGGAGGACGAAGGCAUGAGUUACGGAGACAGCAAUAAAGGAAUUGGCAUCAGUUUCUCCAAGCAAGCCCAAAGACACGGAGGCUUCUGGUUCGGAGACCAAAUGGAGGGACUGGGCGGCAGUCCUCCUGCAUUCCCUGGUCUCAGAAUGUCCACUGACGGCGACAUAAUGGUGACCACUACCCUCCCCCUCCUUACCCCCCUUUAGGUCUACCUAUACUUAUGUGCAAACACACUUAGAUGAAUUCGGAAUCUGUCGUAAACUCACCUGUCGCCAGCAUGCCAGCAGAAAUUCGCCGGGCGAAGCGUAGAAGAACUCAAGAUGAGCGCUUUGAGCCCAACGUUUUCAAAAGAAGGGCCGUAUCACCGGGCCUCUCUGGCAGCCCCAUACUCGCGGCCUCUCCGCCUCUUGGCGGAGGGGGUGGGGGGAAGAGGUUGAACUUUCAGGGCAUGAGUGGUACGUUUCUUUCCCUGCAGAUGAAGUGAUGGGCGGUAUCUAACGCUACCCAGACACCCACGAUGCAAUUAUGAAGAUGAGCCUUCAGUAGGACGGUUCACGAUCCUCCCGUUUCCCCUCUUGUGGCCUUUUUGUGCCCCUAUUUCGUGUAUCAUCCGACUGCCUGUUUGCUUACCCCUUGUAGGUUGGAUGGCGGAGGUAGUUGUCUCUCGCUUUUUCUUCCCUUAUUUUUCCUUCGCUUUUGUGCUUAUUGCUCUUUCCCUUCUUUGCGUGUACUCUUUUUCUUUUUCUUUUUUUCUCUCUCUCUCUUUUUAAAUCAUUAGGGAAUGGGAGUUGUCUUGUUCUUUAUCUUUUUUUCCUUUCUUUUUCUCUUUUUUCCUUCAAUGCUUUUCUCACCCGAGAUUUUCAUGUCUUAUAUUCCUUAUUUUUCACUCCCUUCCCGAGUGUGUGUGCCUGGGUUAGGGUGAGACAGCGGAGUUCUCCUGUUACAUUACCGGUAUGAUACCAUAAAUUAUGCGGUAUGAUGCGAUGCCGCACGAACAAGUACGAUACAAACACCGUACGAGUACUCGAGUACAUGUUCGAGUACGGCAUUCACGCUUUCACGGCAGCAGCCGCGAUGCGUAACUCAGUGGGUGAGAAUCUUACGAAGGCAGGCAAGGCAGGGCAAAGCAAAUAUUGCGCUGUUCAAAAGCUUGAACCCCGUGCCGCACCGUACAGCAUUUGUGGAAUUGAAGCGUCGAUCCCUUAUCAAAUACCGGGAGAAGGGAACCCAACAUGCGAGUACGGUACUCGUACAGUAUCAAACCCUGUUAUCGCGUUACGCCAUAGCCAGAUUUUCUCCGUUCACGUGCGCACGUGCGCGUUGUGGCGCCGAGGAAAUGGGGAGGGUGUGGACCCAGGGGCCCAGUUAGUCUAAGCGGGGGCCGCACACAGUGGAGCUUCUGUGGCUAUCAUACCGUGACUACCGUAGUUACUCGAGUACCGGUACUGGGGUGUGGAGCUCGCGGGAGAUUGUCGUACCGGUAUGGUACGUUAAGUGAAGCGAUGGUGGUGUGUAAGCAAACAGAGAUAUGAUACGGGAGGGGUGCUGUCCCCCUCGCUUCCUAUCCCACAGUAUCUCUCUAGCGGGGAGUUGCUGUGAAUGGGCGGAACAGAGGGAGGCGGAGCAAGUCGAUUGUGCUACUCGAGUACAGUAACGCCAAGGCUCCAUCAUGAG